AAAUUUUCUUUUUUGUCCAGUUUCCCCCAGAUAAUUACUUGUUAUUCUCAGUUCUUCUCCUAUACAACUCGCUCGCUUCCAUUCGGUUUUUCCUGUUGUUUCCUCGCCCCGUCCCUGCUUCUUUUACUUCGCUCCGCAUUUGACCUUUGAAGACCUUUUAUCAUGGAACCGAAUAAAACAUGACAAUCAAUUUCACAACUCUAAUUGAAAAACACAAAGUGCUGCUGCUGGUGCUAGUACUGCUACUACUUACUGUUAAUAUUAAAAUUGAAUGAGCGUUUAUCGAAGCCUCUAUAACCUAUAGCCUAUCUUUUCAUCGAUGAUCCACGUUUUCGUAAAUCCUGCCACUGCUCAACGACGAACAAUCCACUACUCCGAAAGAAUCGUCGAUUUUUCGUCGGUACAAUGAAACGAUUACACGCGUAUACCUCGAUAGCACUUACUGCCAAUCACCACUGCAAUAACUAAUUCAAAAUCGAUCGAACCACCUCGAAGCUGAUAAGCGAAAGACAUACUCCACUCUGCUACUAUCUUUCAGUCAAUAUUUCCAGCUGUCCUACUGGUAGACCAGCCUGGAAUCUAAAGACGCGGCCGCAAAAGAGAAUCGGGAGAAUAAUCGCGAAGAAGCAAGUGUGCGGAACGGAAGUAACGGGCGGAAGGGAGGAGGAAAAGGAGGACGAAAAGGACGACGAAAAGGGAAAGGAAUUAUUUCGUUCUUUUCUCUGAUUUCCCAUACCAGUAAUAUGAACACUGCGGCCGUCGAGAUAGGUGAUGUACAAACUCUACAAACGUUAACGAGUCACACGAGCGAUGUGACCAGCGUUGAUUUCGCUAGCGAUUGCGUCCUAGUGACGGGAUCAGGAGAUAAACGCAUUCGAGUGUGGCAAUGGAGAGCAUGCAGCGGAUACGUCGAGGCCCAUUAUUCACCUUUACUCGGACAUAAAUACGGAAUUACAUCGGUAAAAGUAAGUCCUCGGUCGACGAUGCUAGCCUCGGCUAGUAUAGACGGAACAACAUUGUUGUGGAACCUAAGGACAGGAGUGAAAAUUCAUACCAUGGUUCAAGUGGGUGGCGAAGCUGUAAGAGUUUGUAGAUUUUCAUCGGACUCGACGCUACUCGUAACUGCCGGGGAUAAUGGACAAGUUUGCCUUUGGGAUUUAAUUCGACGUAACUUGAUCAAAUGUUUCCAAAAACACGACGGUGCUGUACAGAGUGUAUGCUUUUCGCCGGACUCGAGUUGGUUGAUCACGAGUUGCACCUUCGGGGUCCUGAAAUUAUUCUCCACUGCCGAUAUUAUCGAUUCGUCGUGCGUAUCCGAUAAACAAGCGAUUACCCCGUUCGCUUGGAUAGACGAUGCUCACGAUUUAGGUGUCGUUUCCUGCGAUUUCUCUUCGAUUCAAGAAGUCACGAGCAAUAAACCGUUCACCAAGCUGUAUCAACUGGUCACUUGUGGUAACGAUCAUUACGUGAAAUUGUGGGAGGUAAUGGUGAUACAAACAAAGGGUCGAGCUCGCGCGUUCACUGCCAACAUAACUGUCUGCAGAAUCAUGGAGAAGCAUAGCAGUGCCUUGACUUGCGUUCGUUUCAACGCGAAUGGAUUGUACGUGGUUAGCAGUAGCCUGGAUAAAACAGCGGUGAUCUGGGAAGCGAGCACGGGAAAAGCAAUGGCGAUACUGUCAGGACACAACAGAUACGUAGCGUGUUGCGCGUUUUCGAGAGAUGGAAAUUUAUUAGCGACUGGGUCGAACGAUAAAUCUGUAAUAAUUUGGGACCUGACGGGAAAUUUGUGCCUCGAUUCGGAACUUUCGCGUGGUUUCGCAUCCACGACGUUCGCGUUAACGGAUCACGAGAAGAGCGCGAUACACGAACGAGACGUGAUGAAGAACGCGGAGACAUCGAUUAACGAGGUACAAUUAAUUCGGAGGUUAGAAGAUCAGAACGGUGUAAUAAAUAGCGUAGCUUGUUAUGGAAAUCAACUGAUUGCUUCUGGAUCUGGGGAUAAAUUGGUACGCGUGUGGAGCAUUGAAAUCGAGGAAGAAGAAAAUUCUGCCGACGCUGCUGUAAAUUUCCAAGAAAAAUCCUACAGUCCACUGGACGGACACAAAUAUAGCAUAAAUCACGUUGAAUUCAGUCCGUGCGGUAGUAUGCUCGCAUCUUGCUCUUUAGACGGCACAGCUAUCAUCUGGAAUACCGAGAAUGGAUGUCAAGCGAAAUCCUCUUUCGUAAAUUCGGGAUGCAGCAUUCGUGUUUGUCGAUGGUCACCGGAUGGCUCGAAAUUUGCCACAGCUGGAGACGACGAAAGAGCAACAUUAUGGGAUGUGAAUAAUAUGGGGGAACUUCGUAUUUUCAGAGGGCAUUCCGACGCGGUAAACGCAAUCGCCUUCACGCAUGAUUCUCGUUAUUUGGUCACGGCUUGCAACGAGGGAACUUGGAGGUUGUUCGAUACCGUUGAAGACAAAGGCGGCAACGCUGCCUUGAUAAUCUGCGAAGAAGCGCAUGAUUUAGGUGUUCAAGGUUGUGACUUUAGUCCAACGUGCAAUAUCAGCUUCGCCGGCAGGAGGCUAGUUAACGAUGAUAGGCAAGCAUAUUUAUUAGCAACGAGCGGCAACGACUCACUGGUGAAACUAUGGCAAAUUUCCAUUACCAAGGAGCUCGAGGCGCUCCCCGUACUGGAAAGUGGCAGUACCGGGAACGCCGAUCCCGAUGGCCAAUACAAAGAGAAAAAAGUUUUGGCUGGCCACGGCGGUAACGUAACGUGUGUUCGAUUCUCCCCGAUUCCAGGCGAGAUGCUAGGAAGCGUAGCCACGGACAGAACGGCUCGUAUUUGGAGCGUAUACUCCGGGGAUUGCCUGUACGUGCUAGAAGAACACGAAAGCCUUGCAACUACUUGCGCUUUUUCCGAGAAUACGUCUCUCUUUAUCACAGGUGCAUUGGACAAAACUAUUCUAAUCUGGAAGAUACCCCAGCAGUUGAUCUCGCAAAGCAUCUUGAUCGAUAACUUGAAACAGAACAGGAAACAGGUUGCAGAUUGGAGGGUCGACGAUACUUUAAAGUGGCUGCACGAAAUAGGAUUGUCCACCUUGACGAGGAGAGCUCGUGUAUCUUCUCUGAACGGUCGUAAAUUACUCGCCGCAUCGGAAAAUCAGUUGAUAAGAAUCCUACAGAUUGAACAAGACGAACAAAUGGCUGAGCUAUUUAAAACUCAAUUGUAUUGGUUGAAACGCGAAGAUAGCAAUAUCGUAGAAGCCUCCAUAGACGAUGCUGAAGUACCUCAUGAAUUCCUGUGUCCCAUCACGCAUGAAAUAAUGAAGGAACCAGUUCGAUGUUCCGAUGGAUUUACGUAUGAGAGAGCAGCCAUAAACGAGUGGUUUUUAUGUGGAAAAUAUACAAGUCCUAUGACUAAUAAAUCCCUUCAGGAUACUUCGUUUAUACCAAACGUCGAGCUGAGAAAUAUGAUAUACGCGUUUCUUCACGGAAACCGCCCUCAGGAUUGAGCGAUCGAGUUACGAGGUUAUUGUAGUUUGCAGGUUUGGGUUCAAGCACAGUACGAAUCUGACACGAGACCUGUACCAUGAUACGCAUCUCUUCUAUUGUCUUUUGAUGUUUCCACUUGUUUCGCACUUUGAAUCGUUGUGAAAUGUACGGAUCAAUGUCCGUUCGAUACGCAAGUUUAAAUAUUUCAAUGCGUACACCACGUACAUACUUGAGUCUUUGAGAGUGGAGAAAUAAUGUAAUGCAAAUAUACGCACAAAAAAUCGUUGAAAUGGCACAAUUAUUCAAUUUGUAUACUCUAGAUUGGACAAUACCUAUCGAAAUUGAUAGAACGAAUUAAAAUUCAAUUUCUCACGAUACGAAUUUACGAUAUUCGCGCGACACGUGAUACGGUGUAAAUAUCAUUUUAUGGAUUCCUACGACAACUGUUUGCAAGUAAAUACCUACUACGUAUAAAUGCAUCGGUGCGAGUGUGCGAGUGUCGAGUGUGCGCGUGCGUGUAAUUUCACUUUGCGUUUUUAAGUCUAUAAGAACAUUGACUUGUCACAGAAACACGAUUCGAUGAAAUUUAUAGUAGCGGAUACUGUAAAAACUGAGAUAUUACCAUAUAUGUACAUGUAUAUAUAUAAA